AUGUGUGUUACCAAGGUUGUGUUAAUCGAAUUAGUAGACAAUGAUCCCUUCUUCAUUAUAACAGAUUUCCGGGUUAUUCUGGAGCGUAAUUGCCGAGACCUAUGGAGCUACCAAAGUAUCCGGCAUUCUGGGAAUUACGAGAUAGAUGUAGACGGCGAUGGUCCGCUUGCUCCGAUAUGGGUUGAAUGCGACAUGGGUGACGGAAGGGACCCUCAUCAGGUCCUGACAGUAGUUCAUCACGAUACUGAAAAUCCAGUGGAUGUGAGAGGUUACGAAGCUGCUGGUGCAUACAUUAAGAAUAUCUCGUACAAGAACGCCACAGAGGCACACCUGAUGGCACUUAUUGAUCUUUCAUUCUCUUGCCAACAGUACAUAAAAUGGGCUUGCAAAGGUUCGAUGUUCGGGUUUUGGUAUCCUCCUGAUCUUGAUAGCUGGUGGGUUGGAAGAAACUGGAAGCCUCAAUAUUAUUGGGGUGGUGCGGAAACAGAUAGCAGUAGCUGUGGCUGUCACCCUUACUGCCAUCCGACUGAAAAGAACAGGAACAGCACCUGCAACUGUGAUGCGAACAAGAAACUCAUUUGGCUAGAAGAUUCCGGAUUGCUGUUGGAUUCAAGCCGCCUUCCUGUGCUGCAGUUGCGAUUUGGUGACACUGGUGAAUCCAAUGAAGCGGGGCAACACACAUUAGGGCCUCUAAUUUGCAGGGCUGGUGGGCAUAGAGAAAUCGUCAAGAAAGAUUUAAAAGCUCCAAUUCAAAUAACUACACCAGGCUACAACGAUGGAAAGUAUCCUCCCCCGUUUUACCGUUACACUUGGUCAGUCAAAAUACCUGCUGGUGAAACAAUGGAGUUGGUAUUUCCGGAAUACGACGUCGUACACUACGGUUCGUACAAUGCAGUACCGGAAUGUCGGAGUGUCGUGACAGUGCGCGCGGAGGAGGAAAACGCCAGAGAAACUGUGGUGAUCAUGAGGCAGAAAAGUCCACCCUAUUAUGCUUCCGAAGGAUCGCAAACCACUGUAAAUAUAACGCUCACCACCUGUAAUCAAGAUGCUAAUGUACCUUUGGGGAAAGGAUUUAAAGCCUACAUUAGAAGAACAGAAUGUGCCGGAUGCAAUCCUGGAUUAGGCCAAAAUAAAGGAACCACUUAUUGCAGUGGUGUGUGUGGAAUUAUAGCUUCUGAAGAAUAUCCAUUCCCACCCAACUAUUAUUUUUCGUCUGAAGCUUACAGCGACUAUAACCACACUUGGGUACUGCGUGUGCUUCAGCAUUAUGUAGUAGAACUAGAAUUCAGUGAUUUCGACAUUCCAGCUGUUCCGGGCUCACGGAACUGUACCCCCGAAAGUGGCAUUCUUUGGAUUUACAAUGGCGAAGGGGCCAAGAAACAGAACCUGAUUGGUGGAUUUUGUAAUUUAAACCGAGAAGGAACAGUUUAUUCAACGUCAAACGUGAUGACUUUGGUUUUUGCUACGAGAUGGAGAAAAGUUGGAAAUGGAAGGGGGUUUUAUGCCGUUUACAGAGGAGUGAACCAACCGCCACCAAAUCAAUUUCGUAAAGCUCAUACGAUAAAUAUUGCUGAAGGCAAACCGAGUAAACAAAAUACAACUAAGGACGGUCGUAGUGCUGAUCUUGGUGUCGAUGGAAGUACAACUACAUGUACCGCCACGAAUUUCGAGCAGGAUCCCUGGUGGCAAGUGGAUCUUCAAAAGCGAUAUUUGAUUUAUGGAUUUGAAUUACAUAGUGCUAAAACGCAGGUGAGAAUAUUGUAUUUCCAUUUAAUCUGGCCAGAUGGACAAUAUGGGCUUCCAAUGCCUGUGUCCGGAUGUCCUACUGGAAGAGAUUUUCAAUGGCAGACCGGUUACCGGUUUCAGGACAUGCAUUACGACAUUGUGCAAGAUGAUAAAGUUGAACAUUGGUCUCCAGGAAUGCUUUUAAAAGGUGGUCUUCAGAAAGUGUCGGUCGGUGGAGUCAUCCAAAGGAGAGGAGUCCAACAACAUUUUUGCAUGAAAACCGCUUACUCUUCUUAUUCUGGAACAGCGCGGUCAUGGCCUGCUGGGGAAUAUUGCAUAUUCCAGUACGGAGAUCAAUGUCCACCAAACUUUAAGAGUGGAUACAUAACAUGGAGGGAUACUUUGAAAUCAGCAGUUUCUUCGGACAGCACCGUUCACGACUAUACCCCUCGUGGCAGAUACACGCCCCAAACCACAACCAUUUAUUUUUGUUGUAGGGAUGACGGCAGUGCAGAGAAUUUGAUCGAACUUCCAAAAGAUGCUCCAUUCUAUCUGCUUAUGUACGGGAAGUCGUGUCAGAAGGUGGAGGGCAUGUCCGAGAGGGAACAGUUCUUUCACUUCAAUGAAGCGGUCCCUCCUGGAGCACAUUUCAUGCCUUGGAACAAAGAAGAUAGGAUUGAUGGUAUUCCUAAAUACAAAAAGCCACAUCCAAGACUGGAUAAAAGUCGCUUUGAAAAAGGGAUCGCCCUCUACUAUUGUUACUAUGAUAUAUCUCAAAGUUUGCGAGGAUUUAGGGUAACAAUUGAUGAAACCGGGCUGGUUGACACCUAUAGCAGAUAUUACGAUGACUUGUCAUACGGCAUUCCUCACACAGAAGUUGGGAAAUUCUUAAAUGCAUAUACGUGUGCUGUAUAUCCAGUUACGAAUCCAGAAUUUUCUACGCUCAAAGUCAACUGCUCGCAACCCAUUUAUGGACAGUACGUCACGCUUCAGAUAUAUAACAGAUACGAUAGCUUGCAGUUCUGUGAAAUAAAGAUCUUUGGUACAGAAUCUUGUGGCCAGCCUCUUGGAAUGGCAUCUGAAGAGAUUUUCGACAUGCAGAUUAAUGCGUCUACAAGUGAUGAUUGGGACAAUUAUUACCAUACAAACGGCAGACUCAAUGCUAAUCACGGAUGGUGCGCUCGCUUCAACGAUUCCUCCAAAAAUCUAACGAUCGACCUACAGAAUAUGACUGUGGUGACAGGUGUAGUACUUCAAGGCCUGAAUAAUGCACAAAAAAAGACAAACGUUAAGAAAUUUUAUUUGUUCUUCAGCAAUGAUUCUAGCAGUUGGAUGUGGGAGGAAGAGCCAGUCGGACAGCAAAAAGUUUAUGUGUGCGACCAAUGUGAUUCCCCAUCUUACACAAAUGACAUGCCAAUGCGGUUUAAUUUGUUGAAAGGACUUGCGACUAGAAUUGUACAGAUAAAGAUCAUUGACUACUACGAACAACCAUGUCUGAGAUUGGAAAUUGUAGGAUGCCGAGAUAAAGUGCAUUGUGGCAGCAUUAUGAGCACUUCUACGGGCGUAGUGUCAUCACCAAAUCACCCCCGUUACUACGGCCAAGACAAAUCUUGCUGGUGGUCCAUCGAGCCAGAACCGGGUAAACACAUUGAGCUGAACUUCGUUUUGUACGACUUGGCUGAUAAAGAAGGCGACCUCGAGUGGGGAAGAUGCAGGGAUGAGCUGACAGUCUAUCCCGGGCAUGGGAAUACUUCCAUGAUCAGGUCACCGGACGGAAAAUUCUUCCCCAAGCGUAUCAUAUCCAACGGACUUAUGAGAAUACAUCUGCAAAGUUGCUUCAGAUAUUCACGCAGUAGAUUCAGAGGAUUUUAUGCCACUUAUAAAUCAGUAGAUUGUCCUGGCUGUGGAGUGGGAGAUUUUAAAUGUUCAGAACAACAUUUGUGUGAAACUUCGUGUGGAAAAAUUGUGUCAAUUGCACAUCCAUUACCUUACCCAAGCAAUCAUCGAUGCGGAUGGCUCAUACGAGCCCAGCCAUCUCAUUUCAUAAACUUGACCUUCCAAGAUUUCGACAUAGUUGGUGGAGAAAACUGUCAGUACGACUAUUUAGCGGUGUACGACGGUGACAGAAAUAACAAGUCUAAUUUGAUAGGUCGUUUUUGCAACGCCAAGCUUCCACCUACAGAAAUUGUGUCUAGCUGGAACUCCCUUCUGUUGGAAUUUUCUUCUGAUGCUGAAAUCACAGGCAGAGGAUUUGCCCUGAAGUAUGCUUCUAAGAGUUUUCAAAUGCCGGCGGAUAUACAAGUGUAUGAUCUUGAUGAUGAGUCUGCAUGCAAGCCUCCGUGGAAAUAUUACAAUGGAAAUUGCUACAAUGCGUACCAUGAAUCCGACGCUAUACAAUGGUAUGAAGCGGAAGCAAGAUGCAGAACUCUUGGAGGAGAUCAAAAUGGCCAUCUUGUCAGCAUUUUGGACAAGAAGGAAAAUGCCGUGGUUCACUAUUACCUCACUAAUUUUUGGAAUGCGAAGCAUAAGUCCUUGUAUAUAGGAUUAAAUGAUGAAGCAAAAGAAGGCGUUUAUCGUUGGAGUGAUGGCAAUCCCAUGAUUUACACUGAUUGGGCACCAGCCGGACGUAGCCUCCGAACUCAACCGGACGGCGGAGCCUAUCAGGACUGUACCAUGCUACGUGUUGACAGUGGUCACUCUACUGCCCAUUGGCAUGACAUCCCGUGCUCGCUGGGGAAGCUGGCUUUCCAUAACUGGGAUGGUAUUGAUUGGGGUGUCGAUGACCCUAGCAAAGGAGGAAGUGAGAGAGAAGCUUUGGCCUCUAUAAGCAGCUAUAUAUGCAAAAUGCAAAGUGACAGGCCAGCAGGCAAUCAAGAAGGCCUUCCUUCGAUCCCAGCUCAGAUUGAAGCAACCGGUACAACACCAACUAACGUGAUCGCGGAAAAGUACUACAUUUGCAGAAACAAAGAAAUUAUAUCGACUCAGUUUGUGUGCAACAUUGCAGAGGACUGCAGGGAUGGCAGCGAUGAAGAGACUUGUCCUCCAAAGGAAUGUCCCCAAAGUAGUUUCCGAUGUCAUAACACGAAGUGUGUGUCGGUCACUGCUUAUUGUGACUAUAAAGAUGACUGUGGAGAUUUGUCCGACGAAUUUAGAUGCAAUCAUCGUGAAUGUAGAACAGACGAAUUUCAGUGUCGGAACGGUCAAUGUAUCCCACAUGAACAGAGGUGUGAUCUUUUGCCAAAUUGCUAUGACAAGUCAGAUGAACAUGAUUGCAAAGGUUUUUGUAACCCGAACAGCACUUUCCAAUGUUAUGACGGCACCUGCAUUCCCAGAUACACUCUGUGUGACGGCCAUAGAGACUGCCCUGGCAAAUACCACGAAGAUGAGCAAUAUGGCUGCUCUCGAAGAGAAGAUAGAGACGGUAGAAGUGAAGAGAAGAAAUUAUGUUCUAAAAGAGAUAGGAAGACCUGCUUGGAUCUUUAUUAUUUGGACAACAUUCGAACAAGUGGAUACUACACAAUCGAUUCCGAUGGAUCUGACGGCCCUAUACCUCCCUUCGAAGUGUACUGCCAGAUAGGGCCCUCCCCAGAAAAGGUCAUCACCGUCGUGCAUCAUGAUUCCGAACUUCCGAUCUACGUACGUUCCGACAAGGAUGGUCCAGGGAGUUACAGCAGGACUCUUGUCUACAUGCUUGGCAUGGACAAGAUCAAAGCGUUGACGAAUGCGUCCAAGACUUGUCGUCAGGAAAUCAGCUGGCAGUGUUCUGGAACCGGAUUUCAUUUCCAUUCAGGAAAACCGUGGAGUUGGUGGGUUUCUUGGAACGGAGAGCCCCAGUAUAUCUGGGGCGGUGCGAAAGACAAUAGGACUUGCGGGUGCUACACGAAAGGUUCCUGCAAAAAUCCCUCCUAUUCAUGCAACUGUGACAGUGUUCAGAAGUUUCAGUGGGAUGAAGAUGAAGGGUAUCUGGAAAACAAAAUAACACUUCCUGUGAAAGAAGUAAGAUUUGGCUACACGUUCAGAACAGGACAGUUUGGUUAUCACAGAAUAGGACCUCUCGAAUGUUUAGGAAAUGCUGUGGAGAUAAAUGAGAGCUGUACGAAUACGACUAGCUAUAUGAAGUGCAAUACUGGCCAUUACGUACCCAACAUAUACAGGUGCCGUUAUGAAUUUGAUCAGUACGGAUAUCAUCUGGGAUGUCGAGACGUCACGCAUUUAAGAAAUUGUGAGAAUUUCCGGUGUCCCAGUGACUACGUGAAAUGUCCGAAUUCGUACUGCAUUCCCACGACGUACGUCUGCGAUGGAAAAUGGGACUGCAUUGGAGGUGGAGAUGAAGAAGACUGUGAUUCUUACAAUUGUCCCGGUCAAUAUAAAUGCUACAAUCGCAGCUCCUGUUUACCACUAGAAAAACUGUGCGAUGGAAUCAGGCAUUGUCCUCAUGGCGACGACGAACUCUUGUGUGAUCUUGUGUGUCCGAAGAACUGCAUAUGUGUGGGGCUUUUCGUCUCCUGCAUGCGUAAGAAUGCAUCCAUGCUACCACUGGACUUGCCGAAGGAAGUGAGAAAGCUAGAUUUCAGCUUUAACAGAUUGGAUUUGCAAAAGACAGAUUUUUCACGUUUCUGGACUCUCGGAGAGUUAAUUCUUCAGUAUAACUAUUUAACAGUCAUAUCACCAAAACGAUUCGUGCAUUUGGGGAAUUUGUACAAGCUGGAUUUAAGCCACAAUAAACUCAUAUCAAUAGCAUCAUCAGCGUUCGAAGGUUUAACUAAUGUGCGUCUGCUGUUUCUUGAUAAUAAUCCAAACAUUGCAGAAAUUGAACCAGAGGCUUUUAAUGGACUCACUAAUCUGCCAACUUUGAAUUUAUCUGGUAUUUCACUGAAGGUUUUAAGGAGAAGCACAUUUAAUGGCAUGUCAAGUUUAAGGACAUUGAACCUUCAAAAUAACAACAUUCGAAAAGUUGAAAGUGGUGCUUUCGUUGGUCUACAUUCAGUCACUGUACUUGACUUGAAAGGAAAUGAGAUUCAGGAUUUCACAUCGUAUAUUUUCACAGGGUUGAAAUCCUUGGAGUAUUUAUACAGCGAUUCCUACACAUUCUGCUGCAUGGCUUCCCCUCAAGUCCCCAUUGACAACUGUCUUCCGCCGCCUGACGAGAUAUCAUCUUGCGAAGAUCUCAUGAGCAGCCAAUUGCAAAGAUCAUUCCUCUGGGUACUUGGCAUCAUAGCCUUAGUCUGCAACCUUUUUGUCAUCAUAUGGCGCUUCAAUACUAAAGACUCAAGUCGCAUCAGUUCCACCCUCAUUCUAAGUCUAGGAUGUGCAGAUUUCCUCAUGGGCGUAUACCUGGUCAUCAUAGCCAGUGUAGAUGUCUAUUACAGGAGCAUUUACAUCGAAAACUCCGACAAGUGGAAGAGGAGUACUCUUUGUAAGAUAUGUGGCUUCCUGUCUACAGUAUCCAGUGAAGUUUCAGUUCUAACGUUGAUGUUCAUUACGUUGGACCGUUUAAUAUGUCUUUGCUUUCCUCUCUCCCAACGACGGUUCAGCCUUCAGUUUACAUACAGACUCAUCAUCGCUUCAUGGAUAGUCGCUGCCACAAUGGCUGUCGUGCCCUUAGUCGUAGAACCUUAUUUCCAUGGAAGGUUCUAUGCACGCUCAGGAGUGUGUUUGGCCUUGCACAUCACCAACCACAGACCCGCUGGUUGGGAGUACUCAGUGGCUAUUUUCUUCUGCAUCAAUUCUUUAGCAUUCAUCAUCAUCGUAUCUGCUUAUUUGUACAUGUACAUUACGAUAAAGAAGUCAUAUCAGAACAUGAAUCGUUUGAUGUCCCGGCAGUCUAGAGAAAAUAAAAUUGGCCUACAGAUGGCUCUGAUUGUGAUGACAAACUCUAUGUGCUGGUUUCCGAUUAUUGUCAUGGGUUUAUUGGCCUUGUCUGGCGUAAAUGUUACAGGAGAAGCUUAUGCUUGGACUGCUAUUUUUGUGUUGCCUCUGAAUUCGGCCACUAAUCCUCUAGUUUACACCAUCUCAUCACUUCAUUUUCACACAAGAAUGCUCUCCAGAUUCGGUCUGAAUUCAAAAGAUCGUAGAGGAUCAUACAUCACGAGUUCUCAUUUAAAUGCUGACAAAGCCAAAAGGUUGAAAAUGCGAGAACAACUAAAUUCUCGUCCUUUCAAACCACCCCACGGCUACGUGACGCUCUUGCAGUACCUGCGAAGUGUUCCCGGGUUAAGACCUCGGCACCUGCUGAAAAUUGCCAUCGAGAUAUGCAAAUCUCUGAAAGAGCUGCAUGACGCCAGCUACGCUUUAGGCGGCAUUGACGUCAAUGCAGUUUUCGUUAGUGGACCCUAUGAUGGCAGCGACGAAGUACACGUUUAUGUUCCCGAUUUCAAUGCCUAUAAGAUAGUAUCGAGUCCAAUCAGUGGGAUGCCUGAUGAUACUGCAGUAGAUAUGGAAGAGUUUGGACUUUUGGUGAAAAAAAUGCUCAGAGUGUACCACGUUGUUUCUCGAUCUAAUGAUCCAAUGCAAGGAACUGCUUGUUGAGGUGAUAGUAUUCGAGCUAUUUUUAAUGAGCCGAAGACAGCUUUCGUGUGCUGGUUUGAAGUUUUAAGGAGAGCUAACUUACCAAACAUACAUUGUGUUUGACUGCAUUUAUAUCAUGACGAAUUUCAUCA